AGAAUAGCAUAAAACUUCAGUGCCGACGAGUGUGUUAGAUUUUCAUUUUCCAACUCGAUGCCGCGUUCGCUCACUCUCAACUUCAAUUAAUCAAACACCAAAAUCCCCAUUUUCUCUCUCUCUCUCUCCCCUUCAAAUCCUAAACUUACAAAAUCUAAAUCACACAGUAAAGAAAGAGAAACAUCUCACUCAACAACGAUAACACAUUCAGAUCUCACAACAACAACAACAGCGAUUCUUGAGUGACGACGAUUCCUUGAAGCGCCCUCAAAAUGGCGCGCAUACCCUUAACUUCACUCUCCCUAAUCCUCCUUUUCUCUCUGUCAAUUCUCAAAUUUGCCCACUGCAAGACCCUCAAGCGUGACGGUAACGUUAACACUAACCCAUGUCGUUUUCUCUCAACCUUUCUUCGAUUCCGUUCAUGGGAUUGUUGUUUUUGCUUUUUCACAUCAUGGGUCGAAGUCUUUUAUGGUUUUUUGGGAAUUUUGCAGUUAAGGCUUUGAACGAGAUCAAGGCUUCGCUUGGUUGGAGAGUGGUGUAUGCGUGGGUUGGUGAUGAUCCUUGUGGCGAUGGGGAUCUUCCUCCUUGGUCUGGUGUCACGUGUUCCACUGUCGGUGAUUAUCGUGUUGUCACGGAGCUUGAGGUGUAUGCGGUUUCGAUUGUGGGACCUUUUCCUACUGCCGUAACCAGCUUGUUGGAUCUUACACGCCUUGAUCUACAUAAUAACAAGUUGACAGGGCCUAUUCCUCCUCAAAUUGGACGGUUGAAGCGUCUUAAAAUACUAAAUUUGAGGUGGAACAAACUACAGGAUGCAAUUCCUCCAGAAAUUGGUGAGCUUAAAAGCCUAACACAUCUGUACCUAAGCUUCAACAAUUUCAAGGGAGAAAUUCCCAAGGAGCUAGCUAAUCUUCCAGACCUUCGCUACCUUUAUCUUCAUGAAAACCGUUUAACUGGAAGAAUACCGCCAGAAUUGGGCACUCUACAAAACCUUCGACACAUGGAUGUUGGUAACAAUCAUUUGGUGGGUACCAUAAGGGAACUCAUUCGAAUUGAAGGUUGCUUUCCAGCACUACGCAAUCUAUAUCUUAAUAAUAAUUAUUUUACUGGAGGAAUACCUGCACAGCUUGCUAACUUGUCUAGUCUUGAAAUUUUGUACCUGUCCCACAACAAAAUGUCUGGAGUUAUACCAUCUAGCAUUGCCCAUAUUCCUAAAUUGACAUACUUGUACUUGGAUCACAAUCAGUUUUCGGGGAGAAUUCCUGAACCCUUUUACAAGCAUCAAUUUUUGAAAGAAAUGUACAUCGAGGGAAAUGCAUUCAGGCCUGGUGUCAAGCCCAUUGGUUUGCAUAAAGUGCUUGAAGUUUCUGAUGCAGACUUCCUUGUUUAAUAAAGCUCAAAAUAUUUAUUUUUUAUUCAAGAAGUGUACGUGUAUAAUUAUUGAAACAAUAGUUCCCUUAAUUUUCUCAAUGAAAUAGCCAAAUAGGAAAUGCAAUUUUGUC